GGUAUUGAAGAACUGAUCAGACAGCGAGGGAGCUCAGCGUAAUUUAUGGACUCGAAGCUUGGAGAAACAAACUACAUGGAAAUUCAUCUAGUGUGCUUGAAACAUGAUAACCAUGUCACUGUAUCCAUCUCUAGAAGACAUGAAGGUGGAUAAGUUCAUGCAGGCACAGAACACCCCCACUGCAAGCCCAUUAAAGGCUUUACCUCUUCCCGAACCUUCCAGAUGCCAGAAUGAACCUUACUAUGAUUCAAAAUCUGAAGAGAUGGCUACUUCUAGCAGGUUGUACCCUGAGCUGAAUGAGUUUAUGGGUCUAAAUCUCAGUGCAGAUGCUCAACAAACUCUUUCCUCUUUAGUUCCUGACCACACCAGUGGGACUCUUAGUGUCUGCAUACCCAGAAUGAGCUGGGCGGCAGCCCCCAUAACAGGAAGUGACCUGGGGGUGAAGAGGGCAGAGAUUCGACAGGGUGUACGGGAGGUGGUGCUUUGCAAAGACAUGGAUGGGAAGAUUGGCCUCCGCCUCAAAGUCAUAGAUAAUAGCGUGUUUGUGCAAUUAGUGCAGGCUUACACUCCUGCAGCACUGGCAGGGUUGCGGUUUGGUGAUCAGAUUCUGCAGAUCAAUGGCAAACCAUGUGCUGGCUGGAGUAGUGAUAAUGCACAUAAGGAGCUUAAGAAUGCCAGCCCAGAGAAGAUCACUUUGGCUGUGCGAGACAGGCCACUGGAACAAUCUGUUACUCUUCACAAGGACAUGAACGGGCAGCUCGGCUUUCUUUUUAAAAAGGGUCGAAUCACUUCAAUAGUAAAAGACAGCUCCGCUGCACGUAACAGCCUCCUUACUGAUCAUCAGAUCUGUGAGAUCAAUGGUCAGAAUAUAAUUGGACUGAAGGACUCCCAAAUCACAGACAUCCUUAAUUCCAGUUGAGGUGUUGUCACGGUAACUGUGAUGCCAGAGGUUAUUUUUGAACACAUGAUGAAAAGGAUGUCCAGCAGUAUUGUAAAGUCACUAAUGGAUCAUUCUAUUCCUGAGGUGUGAGAUCGUUCGGAUCAAACUGUACAGCUGAGGAUGAUUUGGCCACAGCUUGGAGGGCUGGCAUUUUGUCUGGAGCACAAGUUCAGUUGUGUGUCCACAAUCAUAUGAUUUUAUGUGUUUAAGUAUGUUUAAGAGGUUAUUGUGAGGCAAAGAAAGACAGCAAGGAAAACAUGAGAGAUAUUAAGCUGCUUCAGUUUUUCCUUUAAAUUAAUAGUGUAA